GCAUGAAUGAUAAGAGAGACGCGUAGCCAUGGCAACGCAAUCCUCGGCCUCGUCUUUGUUUAUAAAAGGAGGCGAUUGACAGACGCGUCGGAGCUCCUUUCGUCGACGCAGUGCAGCUAACUCAGAGCAAGACCUCUCUACUACGAGGAAAGGAAACUCAGGAUGAGGUCCUUCACAUCAUGGGUCAUUCUGCCCAUAUUAAGUGGGUUAUUGUUAACGUCAGCGGAAAACAGAAUUGAUGACUAUCAGCCACAGCAUGUACACAUAGUUAUUGGAGAGACUUCCAAGGACAUGGUUAUUACUUGGACCACCUUCUCUGACACUCCCUCAAGUGUCGUUGAAUUUGGGAAUGCUGGGCUGACCGAAACGGCCACAGGAAGCAGUACCCAGUUCACAGAUGGUGGCAGUGAACACAGGAACUUGUGGAUGCAUAGGGUCAUACUGAAGGAUCUGCAUCCAGACACUAUGUAUUUCUACCACUGUGGCAGUCAGCUGGGUUGGUCAGAACUGUUUGUUUUCAAGACCUGGAAGAAUGGGACUGACUGGCCUGUGUCAGUAGCUAUGUAUGGUGACAUGGGAGCAGUCAAUGCUCAGUCUCUGCCAAGGUUACAGGAAGAGGUCCAGAGAGGAAUGUAUGAUGCUGUGAUUCACGUGGGAGACUUUGCAUACAACAUGGACUCGGACAAUGCUCGUGUCGGAGACGAAUUCAUGCGACAGAUUCAACCCAUUGCUGCAUAUGUGCCUUAUCUGACUUGUCCUGGUAACCACGAGCAGAUGUACAACUUCAGUAACUACAGAGCAAGAUUCAGCAUGCCCAACCAUGAGGACACGGAAAACCUUUUCUUCAGUUGGAACAUGGGUCCAGUUCAUUUUAUUGCUGUUAACACUGAGGCAUAUUAUUUCCUGGAGUAUGGCCUCAAACCUCUCUCUCGUCAGUAUGACUGGCUCAUCAAGGACUUGGAGGAAGCAACAAAGCCUGAAGUUCGUGCUGAAAGGCCCUGGAUCAUCUUGUUUGGCCACCGCCCCAUGUACUGCUCCAACAAUGACCACGAUGACUGCACCAGAGUCCAUUGUCUCACCAGAGUUGGUCUACCACUUGUCCAUUUGUAUGCCAUGGAAGAACUCCUGCAGAAGUAUGGGGUAGAUCUUGCUGUCUGGGCUCAUGAACACUCCUAUGAGAGGCUGUGGCCAAUGUACAAUUAUACAGUGUUAAAUGGGUCAACAGAAGCCCCAUACACCAACCCAAGGGCUCCAGUUCACAUCACUACAGGGUCAGCAGGCUGUGAUGAGAACCAUGACCACUUCAUGCCUGCCCAGCCAGAUUGGUCUGCCUUCAGAGCUAUCGAUUAUGGAUACACACGGGUCAAGAUCUUCAACAAAACACACAUGUACUGGGAACAAGUAUCUGAUGAUCAGAAUGGAAAGGUGAUUGACAAUGUCUGGCUUAUAAGAGACAAUCACGUGUCCUAUGCUGAACUCUAGUACAGGCAGACAUUCCCUUGAAGAUGAUACAAUAGAAAAUACAUUAGUUGGAUUCUUAACUUGCAUCCAAGACACUGGGACAAUUUUCAAGUAGCUAAAGAAUGAUUCUGAGUAAAAUCCUUAGAAUGAUAAUUAUAUAUAUAUAUAUAUAUAUAUAUAUAUAUAUAUAUAUAGACACACACACACACACACACACACACACACACACACACACACACACACACACACACACACACACACACACACACACACACACACACACACACACACACACACACACCCCCAGUGUGAAGAUUUGGAGAAGUUCAGGCCAAAAGUUAUGGAUAUUUUGCUAGUAUCUGAUGGGAAAUGGAUGUACUAGAUUAGCAUACAUAACAGAUGUGAAAUGAGUGAGAGCAUUUCUUGGGAUAAUUUUUUGCACACUGUAUAUUACUCUAUCUAGUAAUAGUUAUGGUUGUCAUUGAUGUAAGUUUCAUUAUAAGUCUUGAUUUAUGAUAAGGAAAAUGGUGCUAUUCUAAGAGUCUUUAUGCAAGCAAGAAGAUACACUUUUCAAUGGAAUGUACAUAAUCAAACAUAUAUGUCCUCAAAGGUAUUUUAUGUCCUUUAUUUGAUCACAAAUUGCUCUAAGUGAAAUAAUUUGCAAAUAUUGUUAGUACAAAGAACAGGUGAAAUAUUACUGUGCGUCUUUGUCUGUCUGUCUGUCUCUCUUUCCCUCUCCCUCCCUCCCUCUCACUCUCCCCAUCUUUCCCCCUAACCAUCACUCCCUCUCCCUCUGCAUCUGUGUCUGCCCCUCUCCCUCUCCCUCUAUUUUUCCUUCCUUGCUUACAAAGAAAAUACAACAAUGUAAAGAUGCUUUUAGACUGUCUGUGAAUUACAAGUCUAAGAUCAAUGAAAAUAUGUUAUUUUUGGUGCAAGAUAUACAGUAAUAGCAUGGUUGUGCAAUAAGAAGUAAGGAUGAACACACACACACACACACACACACACACACACACACACACACACACACACACACACACACACACACACACACACACACACACACACACACACACACACACUCUCUCUCUCACACACACUCUCACACACUCUCACACACACUCUCACAUUCACACUCACACUCACACUCACUCACACUUACACUCUUUCUGUAUAUGUAUUACUGGUUUAUUGUAUUUUAUGUUACAACUGACAGAUAAUUUCUGUAGUCUGUCUUUGAUGUUACAACUUACUAUUGACUUUUUAGAGAGGAUAUCAGUAUCUAAUGUUUUAAAUGCUCUUUACCCUGAUCAUUCCUUUAUAAUCUCUCUAUAUCAUGUUUUCAUGUAGCAUGUUAUGGAACAUCUUUGAUAGUAUACCUUUAUGUAAACUACCAAUACCACAAUGAAUUAUAAUAUUAAUUGGAGGUAGUAUGAAAUGAUAAAACAUAAAACAUGUAUUACCCAUGUUAUGGUUAGUGUGGCAUAGAUUUUAAAAAUACAUAUAUUUGGGAUAUUGAUAUA